AUGGCUCGGUUUGCGAGCCCUGCGGGUGCGUCCAAGUCAUUCACUUGGACCACCGUCUUCUACCUUCUUUUGGUUCUGAUCGCGCCUCUGGCGCUCUUCGGUACCACUGCUCACGCUGAAGAAUCCGUUUCCUCAGAUGAGUAUGGAACCGUCGUUGGUAUUGAUUUGGGAACCACCUACUCUUGUGUUGGUGUUAUGCAGAAUGGCAAGGUUGAGAUUCUCGUCAACGACCAAGGAAACCGAAUCACCCCCUCUUACGUCGCUUUCACUGAUGAGGAGCGCCUUGUCGGCGACGCCGCUAAGAACCAAUACGCCGCCAACCCUACCCGUACCAUCUUCGACGUCAAGCGUUUGAUUGGACGCAAGUUCGACGACCGUGACACUCAGAGAGACGCCAAGAACUUCCCCUUCAAGGUUGUUAACAAGGAUGGCAAGCCCCAAGUCAAGGUCGAGGUCAACAAGACUCCCAAGACCUUCACCCCCGAGGAGAUUUCCGCCAUGAUUCUGGGCAAGAUGAAGGAAAUCGCUGAGAGCUAUCUGGGCAAGAGUGUUACCCACGCUGUCGUUACCGUUCCCGCUUAUUUCAAUGACGCCCAGCGUCAGGCUACCAAGGAUGCCGGUACCAUCGCCGGUCUGAAUGUUCUCCGUGUUGUCAACGAGCCCACCGCCGCCGCUAUCGCCUACGGUCUUGACAAGACCGGUGACGAGCGCCAGGUUAUUGUGUACGAUCUGGGUGGUGGUACCUUCGAUGUCUCCCUCCUCUCUAUCGACAACGGCGUUUUCGAGGUUCUGGCUACCGCUGGUGACACCCACCUUGGUGGUGAGGACUUUGACCACCGUGUCAUGGACUACUUCGUUCAGCUCUACAACAAGAAGAACAACGUGGAUAUCCGCAAGGAUCUCAAGACCAUGGGUAAGCUGAAGCGUGAGGUUGAGAAGGCCAAGCGAACUCUGUCUUCCCAGAUGUCUACCCGCAUUGAAAUUGAGGCCUUCCACGAGGGCAACGACUUCUCUGAGACCUUGACUCGCGCCAAGUUUGAGGAGUUGAACAUUGAUCUUUUCAAGAAGACCCUUAAGCCUGUUGAGCAGGUUCUUAAGGAUGCCAAGGUCAAGAAGUCCGAGGUUGACGACAUUGUUCUCGUCGGUGGUUCUACUCGUAUCCCCAAGGUCCAGGCUCUUCUGGAGGAGUACUUUGGUGGCAAGAAGGCUAGCAAGGGUAUCAACCCCGACGAGGCUGUUGCUUUCGGUGCCGCUGUCCAAGGUGGUGUUCUUUCCGGUGAAGAGGCCGCUAAGGAGAUUGUUCUCAUGGAUGUCAACCCCCUUACCCUUGGUAUUGAGACCACUGGUGGUGUGAUGACCAAGCUUAUCCCCCGUAACACUGUCAUCCCCACCCGCAAGUCGCAGAUCUUCUCUACUGCGGCUGACAACCAGCCUACUGUUCUUAUCCAGGUUUACGAGGGUGAGCGUUCGAUGACCAAGGACAACAACAUGCUCGGCAAGUUCGAGUUGACCAACAUCCCUCCCGCUCCUCGUGGUGUCCCUCAAAUUGAGGUCGCUUUCGACCUGGAUGCCAACGGUAUCCUCAAGGUCAGCGCUAGUGACAAGGGCACUGGCAAGGCUGAGUCCAUUACCAUUACCAAUGACAAGGGUCGCCUCUCCCAGGAGGAGAUUGACCGCAUGGUUGCCGAGGCCGAGGAAUACGCCGAGGAAGACAAGGCCAUGAAGAACAAGAUCGAAGCCCGUCACGGCCUGGAAAACUACGCCUUCAGCCUGAAGAACCAGGCCAACGAUGAGGAGGGUCUCGGUGGCCAGAUCGAUGAGGAUGACAAGCAGACUAUCCUGGACGCUGUCAAGGAGACCCUUGACUGGCUCGAGGACAACGCUGCUACUGCUACCACCGAGGACUUCGAGGAGCAGAAGGAGCAGCUCUCCAGCGUCGCUUACCCCAUCACCAGCAAGCUGUACGGCUCUGCUCCUCCUUCCGAGGAUGACGAGCCCGAUGUCCACGACGAACUGUAA